CAAACGUAAUCCAACAUGGCCAAUCAUUGGUGGCUUUUAGUACUCGUAGCACUGCACGCGUCAUGUGGACUAUCGGAGAAACCUUCCCGAUCCAAAACACUGAGUUCACUGCUCAGAAUGUUGAAGAAUCUUGGCGUUGGGGAACCGGGGUCCUCGAACUCCACAGAGGCAGUACCCGGAAAAGCUCAAGAAUACGGGCCACCUGCUUGGAGUCGUCCUUCCCAGCAAUAUGGAGCUCCUCUACCCUUCUACCGACCUGCUCCAUCGUUUCUACCAAUUAGUUAUGGACCGCCACCAGCGAUUCCUACCCAGAAAUAUGGAGCUCCUUUACCUAGGAUAGAAUAUGGUGCUCCGACGAGUUCCAGGAAUCCGUUUCUACCAAUCCGGUACGGACCUCCACCAGCGGUUCCAUAUCAGCAGUCGAGAGUACCAAUAAGCUAUGGACCACCGAAACCUUCGGAAUCUCGGACCCGCUAUGGACGUCCUCCAGUGGCUCCCAGGCAGGAGUAUGGAGCACCUCUACCUGCUCAAAACAUGCUUCCAGUAAGCUAUGGACCUCCACCAGCUGUUCUGCCUUCAACUGGUCGAAACUCGCUUCCAGAAAGCUAUGGACCUCCAGGUCCUUACAAGUCAAUCACCGUGAAGCAACACCUGCUGAAUGCGCUCCACCACAUCGUCGACGCGAUCAACGUAGCGCCCGAAGAUCUCCUACGGCAGAUCACUUCGUGGCGCCCGGAGAUCGCCAGCAAGAUCGAAAAAAUUGAAGCUCUCCUCCGGAGUCUUCCCGCGGGUCGUCUGAAGCUGCUUCGCGACAAUCCGGACGUUGCGGCGAUCAUGCAACAGCUGGGAGUUCGACUUCCUGAGCAAAGCGAAUCCGACGUGGAGAUCACGAUCCCGGACAAACCUGAUCGUGUCGAUGAGGGUCCCAAGCAAGAUCUGGAAGUGAUCGUCAAACCGGAUGGGGUGGAGAUCGUGAAGCCGGAUGAGCAAAACCCGUCUGAACUUGAAGUAACUGUUAAACCCAAUGGCGUUGAGAUCGUCAUCCCUGAAAAGCCGGAUCAUGUUGACGAAGGAAAGAAAGUGGAGAGUUCCGAACAUCAUAGUGUAGAGAUCGUGGUUACUGAUAAGCCGGAAGAAGCUGAAAUAGUAGUUACUCCGCAUAGUGUAGUGAUCGAGAUUCCCAACAAGCCUGAUCAUGUGGACGAAGGUCUGGUCAAGACUGAAGUAUCUUCAGAGAAACUUAAAGCUGAAUCGCCAGCUGCUUCAGCAGCUUAUGAGUAUGAUAUUCCUAAGGGUAUCGAGCAGCUUCCGCUUGCGACUGUUCCAGAUAAUCAGUACGAGGUUCCGGAAGUUCCAGCACCGAUCAACUCUAAAGAACCUGCAGUGCUUGAGGUUACCACCGAACUGUCCGAAACGGUAGAAUUUGAAGUCACUCCCAGCAACCUUCCUACCGCCCAAGACGUUCCAGUUCUUCCAUCUGACGCAAGACCUUUUCUCAGUAAUUCAUUCCGUAAAAAACUUCUUCAGGCCGUAACGAAGGCGUUACGAUCGUACCAGCAGAAGCUCGGCCUAACCACGAGGCUACCCCCAACGCAACCUCCUCCUAAAGGCAAAGACGAGAAGCUGCAGGAGUUGGUUCAGGAUACCCGCUCCAAGAUCGCCAGCAUGUUGAAGAUCAUCGACAAGGCCGCUGAGGAUGGUAAAAUCCCGGAAAACCUCGCGGACGAGAUCGACCUGAACACGCCCGGCAUCCUGGUCCAGCUCAGCGAGCUGGAGCAGCUGCUCGGGAAGGAUCCGAACGAGCCGGAAAAGGCGCUCCCGACCAAGCCGGACGGGACGACCGACUGGGGCAAGAUCCUGCACGGGCGGGAUCCGCCGACGGGCACGAGGGCGCCCAAGAAGGGAAAGCCGGAAGUGGUGAAGGCGUCCGAUGAUGCUGAUGAAGAGUAGUUUAGAGUGUAAUAAAAUGAUUAUUUUGAACAACUUCA